UUAUCAAAAUCAAUCAAAUUGUUAUUAAAUUUGAUAAUUAAUACAUUUAAAACUAUGACUGCAGAACGUUCUAGUAAAAAUGAAAAAGACACAUUUACAGUUGAAGACACUAAAAGUCUUCUAAAAUGCAGAUACAUAUUGGCAUUUCUCGGAUUUUUCGGUUUCGCCAACGUCUAUGCUAUGCGAGUCAAUUUGUCUGUAGCUAUUGUAGCUAUGGUUAAUCAGACAGCUACAGCGACUCAAAAUGGAGUGAUUGAUUCAUGCCCUACACCUAAUUCUUCUACAAUUUCUACAUCAUAUUCUGAAGGAGAAUUCAAUUGGGACGAAAAAACUCAAGGAAUCGUCCUAGGAGCCUUUUUCUACGGCUACGUGGUGACCCAAAUUCCCGGAGGAAGAUUUGCUGAACUUUACAGCAGCAAAAUGGUAUUCGGCCUGGGUGUUUUGGUAACAGCUGUUUUCACCAUUCUAAGUCCCAUUGCAGCCAGGAUAAAUUUCCCUUUAUUCAUCAUUGUGAGAGUAAUUGAAGGAAUGGGAGAGGGCGUCACUUAUCCAGCGAUGCACUCAAUGUUAGCCAAAUGGAUACCACCACUUGAAAGAAGCAAAAUAAGUUCAUAUAUUUAUUCAGGGGCACAAUUUGGUACAAUUAUAUCACUCCCUUUAUCAGGCUGGCUUUGUUCAUUAAAACUAUGGGGCGGUUGGCCUUUAGCCUUUUACCUAUUCGGAGGUAUUGGCCUUGUAUGGUAUAUUUUUUGGUUGUUUUUGGCCUACGAUUCACCUACAACUCAUCCUAGAAUCGACGAGAAGGAACAAGCCUAUAUUUUGAGUAAUAUUGGGCCACAGCCAGAAGACAGAGGCCCAGUACCGUGGAUGAAAAUGGCUACUUGCCUACCUUUAUGGGCUAUUUUGGUUACUCAAUGCGGCGCUAGUUGGGCCUUUUAUACGCAACUAACCGAGUUGCCUACUUAUAUGGCUCAAAUAUUGCAUUUUGAUAUUCAAGCUAAUUCAUUAUUAUCUGCACUUCCAUAUUUCACCAGUUGGCUAACAGGGAUGUUUAUAGGAACACUUGCCGAAUGGCUUUUGGCUAAAAACUACAUUUCUCUGCUGACUUCGUAUAGGAUUUGUAAUUCUAUUGGUACAAUAAUCCCUUCAGUAGGUUUGCUAGGGGUGGCUUUUGUAGGCUGUGACAAAUUGGCAGUUCAACUAUUAUUGGCCAUUACAGGGGCCUUUUAUGGGGCCCUUUAUUCAAGCAAUAAUAUCAAUCAUAUGGCUUUGAGCCCUAAAUAUGCCGGUACAAUGUUUGGAAUUACAAAUGCUGCUGCAAAUAUAACUGGGUUUUUGGCACCUUAUGUUGUUGGAUUGUUGGUCAAUGGACAAGAAACUUUGGACCAAUGGAAUAAAGUGUUUUACCUUGCAGCAGCAAUUAAUAUUGCUUCAAAUUUGUUUUACAUCAGUUUUGCCAGCGCUGAAGAGGUACCUUGGUCAAAAGACAAAAUCGUAACCCAAAAAGAGCAAACCAAGCGCAUUAAAAAACACUCAAUCGCCUUAAGAAUGAGAAGAAAAUCAAAAAUCGGGUAAAAUUUAAUUUGUAUACAAACUUACAACAUAGUAAAAAUACCUUUUAAUCAAAAAUAAAAAUAAAGUUACCUUAAUGUCAUUAACUAAAUCAACAAUUAUUUAAAAAAAAAAAAAUCUAAUCCCUACUAAUGUUUUAAAUCAUUCUUUGGCGACACAAGAUUUGUGGCUGUGGCAGAGUCAAUUCCCAAAGCUGAAGAUAACAAUCUGACAACACUUUUAACAUCCGAGUUUUCAGUUUCUGAAAAGACAAUUUAAAUUAUUUUUCAACUAAUCAAAUCAAUCCAUUACGUACCUUCUUUUGUAAGUUCCCUUUCCAACUUUAGUUUUUCCUUGCACAUAGCCAACAUGCCUUCUUCAAUAGUGCCUUGAGAAAUCAGCCUGUAAACUGUAACAGGUUUGGUUUGGCCCAUCCUGUGACACCUGUCUUCUGCUUGUUUGUCAUUAUAAGGAUUGAAAUCUAUGUCAUGUAUAAUAACAGUGUCCGCACUGGUAAGAUUAAUGCCUAAACCUCCAGCUCUAGUCGAAAGUAGAAAGAUAAAAAUGCUUUUGUCUUCAGUGUAUUCGUUUAUAAGAUCCUGC